AUUUGACAACGUUGUUUACCAUCAUGGCGACUACAAGGACCCGCUGAGGGAAGCCUUAAUUAAACACGAUUUUGGCGACAUUUACGAAGAGAUAACGCAGGCCAUUACCAUUAACUUAACCCUUGUGACCCGGAGAUUAAACUACAACAGGAGAAGACGACAGAUAAGACAGGAGAGGCGGACAGGAGGCGAAGAGCGGUGAGCGGUGUUGGCGCCACUCUGAGGGAGAACAACAUCGAAGCAAAUUUCAAAAUGCCCAAGAAGGACGUGUUCAAGCCCGGCGACCCCGUGUUUGCCAAGGUGAAGGGCUACCCGCACUGGCCGGCGAGGGUUGAGAAUUUUGAGCCAGAUCCAUCUGGAAAAGGAGUGAAGAAAUAUCCAGUGUUGUUUUAUGGAACAUACGAAACGGCAACUCUGAAGCCAGAUGACAUCUUCCCCUAUGAAGAGAACUUAGAAAGGUUUGGUAAAGUUCAGAAGAGGAAAGGUUUCAACGAGGGCCUAUGGCAGAUUGUCCACAACCCCAACUUUGAUCCCAAUAUACCCAUACCUCCAGAGAUCUUGGCAAGCAGCGUUUCAGCACCAAGUACUCCAAAGACCCCACAGGCUGCCCCAAUCAAGCCUGGGAAAAAGUCCCUGGACGCCACACCAGUAGAUGGAAUCAAGAUAAAGAUGGAAGAGUCAGAUGAGGACGACGCUAAUCUAGUUAUUGAUGAUGGUGGGAAAGAGAGAAAGGUUGGGAGGAAACGCAAGAGACUGGAAUCUGACAACACCCCAUCGGAGGCAAAGAAGACACCCAGAGACACGCCAAAGCUGCCUCGCGGCCCUCAGAAAGAAACCCCAAAGGACAGCACCCCCAAGACGCGGCUAGGAGCCAAGGAAGGGCAGGCGACGGAAACAGCAGAGCCACAGGUUAGCAGGAGUGGACGACUGAUCAAGCCUAAAAAGUUCCUAGAUGAAGGGGAAGAUGUUUCCCGUCCACCAUCUGCACCUGCAACUCCAACAUCUGCUCCUGGUGCACCCCUGUCUGGCACUCCAGCUGCCCCUGGGACACCAGCCACACUUGCCCUCACUCCUGCUCCUGUUCCUGACACUGACACACCAGCAGCUGCUACUCCAGCCUCUGACCCUGCCACUGCUGCAGCCCCAUCCCCAGCUCCUGCUACUGCUGCUGCAGCUGGUGCAAAUGUACCCACCCCAGCAGACACGCCUGUUACCAAAGCACCAACUGAGGCCUCUCUACCAGAAGUUAAAGAUACACCAUCAAGUACCAGAAAUGCAAUCAAGGCUCCCACGUCCCCUCCUCCAUCUGCCGCCACCACCAAGAAGAGGCUGUCCCAGGCCAGCGCUGAGGAGACUCCUGCCACGCCAGAGGUGGCCACACCAACAGCUCCUCCUCCAAAGAAGAGAGGCCGUCCUCCAAAGAAUCGAGAUGUAGAUGCGUCACCAAAAGUUGCUGCUAACUCCGUCUCAACACCCAAGACUCCCUCAGCCCAAGACACUACCUCAAAGUCAUUCCCUCCCUCACACAAAGCCCUUGGGGACAAUAUAAAACAGCCAGGAAGAGAAAAGGGUAAAAAUCAGUUGAAACAGAAUGAAAUAGAUCUUCCAAAAGAGACUGAUGUCGCCAGUAAACAAACAUUUUUGAAACUUAAGACUGACAUUGAGUCUGGGACUCUAAAUGCUGAGGAGCUCAAGGAACUAGCUAAAGCAAGUGAGAAGGAUGAGAUGCAUACAUCAAUUGUAGAAGAAAAUAGAAGAUAUACAGAGACUUGUAAAGCCAAACCGAUAACUACCGCAAAAACACCACUCGCCCGCCAACCACCACUGCCUACGCACUCAAACUCACCACAACCAACCACAGAAACCCUGGACAUGGAAGCACAGCUGCUUGACCUGGAUCAGAAGAUCCGCGAGGCCUUGUCUGUCACUAACCCUCGGAAAGAUGACGCCAAGAUGUACCUGGAAAAGAUGUCUAAAUUAGUCAUCUCUGGCUUGAUGCUGAAGAAGAAUCCUCAUGUUGUGGAUGCCAUUAAAAAGUGCCGUAGAUACAAGUAUGAUGAUGAGGUUCGGCUGAAGGCAGACAUGGUCUACAACAGAUUUAAGCUCCUCUUUGUGGUGCCGGAGAGUCAAGAGUGGGACUCUAUGUUCGCUGAAAAGGUGGCUGAAUUUGAUGAUGCUUGCCAUAGGUCUGGUAUCUCUGAGGAGAGCAAAAUCUCAUUGGUCAGAGAUCCAACUCAUCACAUUGAAGGCCCUCAGGAAGAGGCUGGGAAAAGGGGAAAAGAAAAUACAAGUCCAUUGUCAAAAAGCUGAACUGAGAGGAAACCCACAUAGUAUUAAGAGUUCAACAAAAUUAAGCUCUAGUUAGUACUUAAAAUAAGGCUUCAACUGAACAAUGUCAUGGCUACCUUAGCACUUAAGGUAAUGUUUGUGUGGGAAAGUCUGUGUUAUUGAGGAUGAGACUGUGCAUUUGACUCCAAAUUGAGUGACUGAACAGGUAACAAAUUAACUUCACCCUGUUGUAAUUGAUACCUGAGUAAAACUUUUGAGUUGAUGCAAAUCUUGUUGCUUGAAGCUUGACUGGAUCUGUAAGAGUGAGUCCUAAGUAUAAGGUUACUACAUUUAAUAGCAUAUGAUAGUUUAAGCCUUAUCUAGCUCUUUAUUAUACGUGGAAGUGUGAAAAAGGACUAGUUAGCCUUGCUAUAAAUGCUAUUGAGUUGAGGACUUGCUGCACGUAGCUCCCACCACUGUAUCAGAUGAUAAGGGUUGAGGUAGAUGCAUAGUGAAAAUAUGUACUAUUUUGAAAUCUUGAAAUGUAGAGGAAAAGAUUACAAGAUUUAUCAUAUCCUGUGUCCUUGUAUAUAUACAAUAUAUUUUCUCUAUACUUGUAAAGUUAUAAGACAAAUAGAAUUACACAACCUCUAGUAUAAAGCUAAAUUUACCAUUCAUUGUCUAAACAUUGUUUUCUCCCUAAAGCUGUGGCAGUAAUUGUACUCACAUUCUGUCCACUUGGUGUUCAAAGUUAGUGGGUAUCACUUACACAUAACAACCCACUAUUUGUUGUUGGUGAAACUUGUAUCAUCAUAACGAGCUUUUUUUUUUUCAUUAUCACAAUUAGUGGUAAAACUAAGUAAAAACAGUUUUUCUUUUGCUGAGCACAGCUAUGUAAGUAAUUUAUUGAGUAUCCUAUGAGUGGAUGUGACAACAAUCAGAUUAUGGCUUCAAGCAUUUUCUGCCUUUUGUGCAUUGCUAAAGUCUUCAUGAUUGGAAUAUAGCACAGGUAGGAAAGACUUAACACAAGCUCAGUGGAAAAUGGCCAGUGAGAGAUUACUGUGUUGAAGUAGACACAGAAGUUUAUGACUGCCGUGUUGUUUUGUGUGUUGGCAAUAUAACAUAGCAACAGUAUUGGCCCACUCUUCAUAACAAUACAAGGGUCAGACAGUUCUCAUUGACCUCAGUGAUUAUGUGCAACUAGUAUUCUUAAUGGUUAAGUUUAAAUAAUUUCCCUUCAAAAAAGUUAACAAAUGAAAAUUAUCCAAAAUAUCAGCAUUUUUUCAAUCAAGUGAAAAAAGCCCUUUGGUCAGUAUACUUAUAGUAAUGAAGAAAGAGCAAAUUAUUCUAGCGAAAUGAAUCAGUUGGCUUCUGGUGUCACAUUGCCCUUUGAUAUUGAAUGGCAUGAUCAGUCACCUGGCUGGGAGUGAACAUGUCUCUUUUUCUUACUGUUCUCUCUGUUUGGUCUGUGGCUGCACAGCAGUAUGAAAGAUUUGAAAGGUGGUUUCUCUUACACACACACACACACACACACACACACACACACACACACACACACACACACACACACACACACACACAAGCAUAUGUAUACACACACACACACACACACACACACACACACACACACACACACACACACACACACACACACACACACACACACACACACACACACAUACACACACACACACACUGGUAUGGUGAAUCUAGAAGAAAAUUUGCUACUCAAAUGGUAGCUGAUAUAUUUUUUUUUGCAGGUAUAUCAGUUAAGAGAUGGUAAUAGCGGACUUCCACCCACAUGAGGACCAGGUUUUGUUCAUAGUUCUCCAAACCAACCUUUCCAAUAGUUGUGUGUGUCAUUGAUCAAUUUAGGAUUCUAUCUUAAGUUGUCUUUUGGAAACGGUGGUAUGUUAUGUAGGUGAUUUCCUUUAUUUUUUAAAAUUUAUUGGGAGAGUCUGAUCCAUUAGGGUGACGGUUUAUUUUGAAAAGGAAGAUUAAUUGUGCCUAGUUUUCAAUAAUCUGAAAAUGAAUUCUGUUGUCAGUUAGCAAUUGGUUUGUCAUACCCUUUAAUGGAUCUAUGACCAAAGUUUAAGAUGACAUAUGUAUCUCACACCUUCGGCCUAGUUCAAUUAUAUGGAUAAGAGAAACUAGCACUUGACUUUGAGUACAAAGGUGCAGUAAGUAGUGCUAUAAUCUGUACUGAAUCACUCCCAGAAUAAAAGUUGAAUUGCCAUACACAGA